GAGAGGCGGGAGGCGGACCCGGCUCCGUGCCCGGGCGAGGAGGCUGCGGGGCGCGGAGGCUGGAGCCUCCCGGGGGCUGGGAGCCGCCGGCCUGCCCCUCGCUCGGGGCCGCAUGGAGCAGCAGCAGCAGCAGCCCCGGCAGCCCCUCGCCAUGAAGCUCGCCUAAAAGAAGCCUCGGUGGAGCCUUCCCCCCCCCCCACCUCCGCAGCCCCCCCAUGGCGAAGGAGAGGAGCAGGAAGGCGCUGGGCGAGCUGCUCCAGCGGCCGGGCAACGCGGCGUGCGCCGACUGCACCGCACCCGAUCCGGACUGGGCGUCCCAUAGCCUAGGGAUCUUCAUCUGUUUGAAUUGUUCAGGAAUCCAUCGCAACAUUCCACAAGUCAGCAAAGUGAAGUCUGUCCGUCUGGAUGACUGGGAUGAUGCUCAAGUGGAGUUUAUGGCUGCAAAUGGAAACAAUGUAGCAAAAGCAAAAUAUGAAUCAAAAAUGCCACCGUUUUAUUACAAGCCAACAUUUCUUGACUGUCAACUGCUGCGGGAACAGUGGAUCAGAGCCAAAUACGAAAGGAAAGAAUUCAUUCACAGUGAGAAGCAGGAGCCUUAUUCUGCAGGGUACCGAGAAGGAUUCCUGUGGAAGAGAGGGCGUGACAACGGGCAAUUCCUAAGCCGAAAAUUUGUGUUAUCGGAGAGGGAAGGUGCACUGAAGUACUUCAACAAAAAUGACGCAAAAGAACCCAAAGCAAUUAUGAAGAUUGAACAUUUAAAUGCAACUUUCCAGCCUGCAAAAAUUGGGAACCCGCACGGACUACAGAUCACUUACUUGAAGGACAAUAGCACAAGGAACAUCUUUGUUUAUCACGAAGAUGGCAAGGAAAUCGUGGAUUGGUUCAAUGCCAUCCGGGCAGCACGUUUUCAUUACUUACAAGUGGCGUUCCCUGGAGCCAGCGAUGCUGAUCUGGUGCCAAAGCUUUCUAGAAACUACCUAAAGGAAGGAUACAUGGAGAAAACAGGGCCAAAGCAAACAGAAGGAUUCAAGAAGCGGUGGUUCACCAUGGAUGACCGAAGGCUCAUGUAUUUCAAAGAUCCCCUGGAUGCCUUUGCAAGAGGGGAGGUGUUUAUUGGGAGCAAGGAAAACAGCUACAAAGUUCUGGAAGGGCUCCCGCCAUCCACGCAGGGAAAUCACUGGCAGCACGGCAUCACCAUUGUCACCCCGGACAGGAAAUUCCUCUUCGCCUGUGAGACAGAGGACGACCAGCUGGAGUGGAUCACCACCUUCCAGAAGGUUAUAAGCAGGCCGAUGCUGCCUCAGGAAUACGCAGUGGAAGCCCAUUUCAAGCAUAAACCUUAGAUGGGACUGGCUGGUCAGACCUGAGGAAUGAGCUUCUGUUUACAACACAACAUGGUUUUAUUUGAAAUGUUAAAAAUAAUUAUUAAUAAUAAUAACAGUAAUAAUAAUACUUCCCUUUCCCUUCAUCAUUCACUUGAUCAUGUUGGAAGCCAAGAAGGGCAGCAGUGAAAUGUGAGAGAUGCUGAUUCAACCUGAAAUUUGUUUCCAUGGCUCCCCCUUGCACCUCGUGUCCACGUGCAGCCGAUUUGGGUGUCUCCUGCAGUAGGUACCUGCCUCAAGCACCUUACUGGCUGGAAGGGGUGCCCCACCAUGGGAUGACGAAGAGUCUUGGUGGCACAUCUCAUGGGUGUGGGGCUUUCUCUGGACAAUGUAGUCCGUGGCCAGUGCAAAAACCCGAAAGGGUUCCUUGUGGCAAGUGGUGACUUUUGCAGGACAAGAGGAUGUGCUCCUUCCCUCCUGCCCACUCAGACGCCCUCUCUGAGGUGCUGCUGGGUGGCAGGGUUGGUGGUAAGCUGCUUUUCUUCCCCUGUGGCUCAGUGCUGCUUCAGUUCUGCGGGAGAUGCGGCCCCAGGGCCGAGCUGCCUGCUCUGGUGGCAGAGCUCAGCCAAGGCCCAGCCUCACCAGAGGGCUUCGUCUGGGUCAGCCUUGGUCCCGCUGCUGCUACAGGCGUCCACCCGCUCCUCCUGUUGACCCAGCUCCCUGCCAGCCAUUUCCCAGGGGAGACUGUGAGUCCCUGAGAUGCUGACGUCCUAAGAGGAUGCGAAGCAUGACCCUAAAGACAUGAAGGAGAGAAAACAUUGUCUUUAAAUGUAGGAAGCUGCAGCCGUUCAUUGGCAGGGGAGUUUGGAGGUGACCAAACCGUGUGAGAAGGCAGCGUUGUGUGUCCUGCUCGCCCACAUCCUCCAGACCCUUAAAACACAAAGAAGUGCCAGAGCUCAGAGCAUCUUAAAUCAACUCCUGGUAGUAAGUUUGUCCCCGCGUUCCACCCCAUGGACAGUACUUUCCGUGCAGAGCCCUGGCCGCUUCCACCCUUCCAUCCCAGUUUGUGCCAAGGUGAAACUCCUCCUGCUUCCCCGAAAGGGAGAGGGGAGUGCUGCCCUUCCCAGCUGAGCCCACCUGUCCUCUGGAAGCCACCACCGGUAUCACCGUGGCCGCUUCCUCACGGUGUCCAUGUGGGCAUUGGCCCCGGCAGAGAGGCAGCGGGGGCCAUGGCUGUGUGUGGUCCAGGCUGGAGGUGCUGUGGGGGCCAUUGGGCAUGCGCCUCCUGGGCAGCUCGGGUGGAAAUGGAGCCCAGGUUUGGCUUGCGUGGUCUUGUGGCAUGUAAAUGUUGCUAAAUGACUGAUCCUCCAGCUGUCGUAGAGGUAAACUAUAAAUAAAUUGGGUGUGGGUGUGUCACGCCUCGUAAGUGGUGGCGAUGCUGUCUCUGUGCUAGUUUCCAACAGAGGCUUCUUGCCCCCUGGCCAGGCUGUCGCUGUCUUUUUGGGGCGGGUUGGUUGGGGUUGAGCUUUAGGCUGGAUUGUGCCCAGUGCAAGGGCAGGUGCCUCCCUUCAGCCCUGCUGGCUGCUGACACGGUGCUUCUGCAAACUGGUUGUUGCACUUUUUUCCCCCAGUUCAUCCCUUGAUAUUUUUUUUGGUUAAUUUUUUUUUUUCUGAAAGAUAAAAAAGCUGCUUGAAGUGACAUUUCAGCGAUGUUUUGAGCACUGUAACUGAUGCGGGCGGGGGGGCGACGCGUUUGUGGCGGUUGGGCUGGGACCUGCACAGAACAUGCUGAAUUUUUACCUGAAAAAAUGUUUUUCUGCAUCCAUUGAGUAACAGACCGAGACACUGAUCUGUCCGACGCGUUCCUUACGUUGGUGUUUGUAACCGAACCCAUCUCAUGGGCUGUGUACGUUUGUUAUGUCACUGGUAAGACAACUGUGGUACUAAAUGUCAUUCGCACCAAUAAAUUAUGAUGUCA